AUGUAUACUAUCAAUUCUAUAGUUGUUGAAGAAAGAAAACGUCAUCGAUCCAAUAACAUUGAAGAAGUGGAUACCGUUCUUAAAAAAGAGGCUAAAGUUGAAUUUACUUCUAGGGUUUUUUCAAAACAUGGCAUUCAUUGGACUUUACAUGAUUCACUUCUAAUUGGUCAAUACAUCAAGAAGGGUGAUAAAUUUGAGAGCCGUGCAAAUAUUGCUGCAUUUGAUCUGGAUGAUACACUAAUCACGACUAAAGGUACUAACAAAUUUCCAAAGGAUGCUAAUGAUUGGAAAUGGUGGAAUAAAAAAGUUCCAGAAAGACUAGCCAAACUCUAUGAAGAAGGGUACAAAAUCAUCAUUAUAAGUAAUCAAGCUUUGAAUACGUCAUUUGAAAUUUAUGCUGCUACAGGUUAUGAUAAAUAUCGAAAACCUAUGAUCGGAAUUUGGAAUUAUUUUGUUGAAAAACGAAAUGUUGGCGUUACUAUUGAUAAGAAGAACUGCUUUUAUGUGGGUGAUGCUGCGGGUCGCGUUAAAAAUUGGAAAUUUGGUGCUCCCAGUGAUUGGACUGACACUGAUCGGAAAUUUGCGGAAAAUAUUGAAAUUAAUUUUUAUACACCUGAAGAAUUUUUUGAUAAUGCUGAAGCUGCUCCAUUUUCAUACAAUAACUUUAAUCCAAAAAAGCUUCCACGGGAUGUUCCGUUAUUCACACCAUCAUCACAGCUUGCUCUGCCGGCUGGGAAAUGUGAAAUGGUGAUAUUAGUUGGGUACCCAGCUAGCGGAAAAUCAACAUUUGCUAAAAGAUGGUUGGUAAAUGAUGGUUAUGUGCAUGUAAACCAGGAUGCAUUGAAAACAAAACAAAAAUGUAUUAAAGCUUGCGAAACAGCUUUAAAAGAAAAUAAAUCAGUUGUUAUUGAUAACACAAAUCCUAGCAUAGAAGGUAGAAAACAAUAUAUUGACAUCGCAAAACAAUACGGGGUUCCAGUUCGAUGUUUUUGGUUCCAAGCAUCGGAAGCAUUAGCAAGACAUAAUAAUAUGUAUAGGUAUUUUAUUUCAACAAAUGAGGUUCGACCAUUACCAGAAAUAGCAUUCAAUGUAUAUAAAUCCAAAUUUUCCGAACCAAAAUUAGAAGAAGGAUUUCAAGAAAUCAAACAUAUUAACUUUAUAUUUGAAGGAAGUGAUCAUGAUAAGAAAAUAUUUGAUUUGUG